AGUACGUCUCCGUGUAGCUCUGCCUUGCGUAAAUAUAUGUAAAAUUGCUGGUCUGAAUUCAGAUUAAGCUUAAUCUUAAUUCUCAAUAACCUACGUGAGAUUAGCAGAUAUUUAGAAAAUAAACGAAUUAACCACCUCAUUAGGUUAUACAUACAUAUUCAUCGAAUAUGGAGAUACCAGCAAGUUCAAAUGAACGGUCCAUAUUCAACUUGAGACAAAGAUGGUUUGCUAGCUGCUUCUCCGUUCUUACACCGGUCUAUCAAGGAAUGUUGGGGCAAGAGAAGCAAAAACUUUUCGAAGAUUUUAGGACUUCAUUCCCCCACCGGGACGACGACGGUCUGGAGAAUGUCCCACUCUUCCUCGAAGUUGGACCGGGACCUGGAACGAAUUUCAAGUAUUAUCCGACCAGCCCUUGCAACCUUAUCGUGAUCGAUCCUAACCUCAAAUUUAAACCACAAGUUAUGGAAAAUCUGAAAAAAUUUCCACACAUUAAUCUCAUUGGGUUUUAUGAAACUGGGAUUGAAGGAGUUUCCCGCUUUGUGAAGGAUAACAGCGUUUCUAUCGUCAUUGGAACCGAUGUUGGAUGCAGUGUUCCAGACGUGAAGGCGUAUUACGACAACGUGUUGAAGGUUUUACGGCCGGGUGGCAAAUUUUACUACAUAGAGCACAUUAGGGCGGAAGAAGGAUCCAUGCUGCGUUUCAAGCAGCGGGUGUUCAAAAAGUGGUGGGAGUUCCAUGGGUGCGGCUGCCAACUCGAUCGCGAUUUGGACAAGCAAAUCAAGACUGCGGGAUUCUCAGGGGUUGAUCAGACCACGUUUUAUCUUGACAUGUCUCAAAUUUCGUGGUAUUACAAAACCUUCGUAUUUGGCAUUGUUCCCAGACACGUCAGAGGGAUCGCGACAAAAUGAACGAUUUUAAGACGUGUUAGAUGAUUAAACUUUUAAUGUGGUAUCAAUAUGCUUAAAUUAUACACUCUUAGAAACUUGGUAUAGAAAAAAACGUAACAGUAUUGAUAUGUGACUCUACUGCCUUGGUAUUAAACGGUUAUACCGUAUUGGUAUAAAACCGGUAUUGCAAUUAUACCUCAUGGUAAUAAUUUUAAUACUAAUUCGUAUUACAUUUUUUACCACGUAGUAUUAAUUCAAUACCGGAUCAAUACCACGCGGUAGAGUCGCGUAGAAAUACCAGCGGUUAUUGAUUUUUUUAAGAGUGUAUGUUAAACCUUACUUCAGAUUAGGUUGAACAAAUACCUUCACUUAUCACAAAAAAUGAAAUUGUAGAAAUUGUGAAAUUGUUGAACUCGUAGUGAAACCGUCAAUUUAAUGUCGUUCAAAUUGAUAUUGACAUAAAAGGACUUAUAAAUUUAACGUGGAUUAUUAUAGGAACUUGUGUACGAAUAAUCGCUUAUAAUACCUUCAUUCAAAAAAUUAGUGACGGAUGGGAACUUUUACUCGGGCUAAACAAACGCUGCACAUUUUGCAAAUAGUAAUAUAUUUCUGUUUUGUUUACGGUUAAAGUCAAUACAUGUACAUAUCCAUUCAACAAAAUCAAAAUAUGAACAACUGAAAUUAAAUUCAGAAUCUGUGAUACAGA